AAACUCCCUCUUUCUUCAGGUUAGCCUUAUAGUCUAGGGCUUAAAAUACUGGUUUAAUGGUGAAGGUAAGUCCUUUUCUUUUUCUUCGGUGGAAUCAUAAUUACUAAUCUAUCAGAGAUCCAUUAAAGGGCAGAAACAGUUUUAGGGGAAGUCAGAGGAAAAACAUUAACGGCAGCUUAAGGAUCUCCAUCUGGGAAUGGUGUCUGGUUUCAAAAUGAAGCAGAGACUUUGUAACUGAUUCAGUCAUGACCCUAGAGCAGAGCUUGAGAGGCCACUGGUGCCAGUGGACACUGUGGAUUGGUCACUUUUCCGAGGACUCCAUAAAAGGCUGCCGUGGUAAAAGAGAUUCAGGGCAGAGGGAAACUCCACCACGAGGUGUGGUACCAUUUCCCAGAGAAGCUCAAUGGACAAGAAGCCGACCACCAGGAAAGGCCCUGAUUUCUGCUCAUUACGCUGUGGGCUGGCCCUCAUCAUGCACUUCUCAAACUUCACCAUGAUAACCCAGCGUGUAAGUCUGAGCAUUGCCAUCAUUGCCAUGGUGAACAGCACUCAGCAGCAUGGUCCAUCUAAUGCCUCCACAGAGGGGCCUCUUUCAGACACCCUCAGUAACCCCAACAGAUCCCUCAAGGAAUUUAAUGCAAAGACCUCUGUGUAUCAGUGGAGCUCAGAGACUCAGGGUAUCAUCUUCAGCUCCAUCAACUACGGGAUAAUACUGACUCUAAUCCCAAGUGGAUAUUUAGCGGGAAUAUUUAGAGCUAAACAAAUACUUGGUGCUGGUUUGCUGAUCUCUUCCCUUCUCACCCUCUUUACACCACUGGCUGCUGACUUUGGAGUGAUUUUGGUCAUUGUGAUUCGGACAGUCCAAGGCAUGGCCCAGGGUAUGGCAUGGACAGGUCAGUUUACAAUUUGGGCAAAAUGGGCCCCUCCACUUGAACGAAGCAAGCUCACCAGCAUCGCAGGGUCAGGGGCAGCAUUCGGGUCCUUCAUCAUCCUCUGUGUAGGGGGACUAAUCUCGCAGUCCUUGGGCUGGCCUUUUGUCUUCUACAUCUUUGGUGGCAUUGGCUGUGUCUGCUGUCUCCUGUGGUUCACAGUGAUUUAUGAUGACCCCAUGCAUCACCCAUGCAUAAGUGUCAGGGAAAGGGAACACAUCGUGUCCUCACUGGCUCAACAGUCCAGUUCUCCUAGGCGAUCUGUCCCCAUAAAGGCUAUGGUCAGAUGCCUACCACUUUGGGCCAUUUUCACAGGGUUCUUCAGCCAUUUCUGGUUAUGCACCAUAAUCAUAACAUACCUACCAACGUACAUCAGCACAGUGCUCCAUGUUAACCUCAGAGAUAGUGGAGUUCUGUCCUCCCUGCCUUUUAUUGCUGCCUCAAGCUGCACGAUUCUAGGAGGUCAGUUGGCAGAUUUCCUUCUGUCCAGGAAUCUUCUCAGGUUGAUCAUUGUGCGAAAGCUCUUUUCGUCCCUCGAUAUGCAAGUUUCCUCAUGGGAAUCUCAAGGGGAUUUGGGCUUAUCGCAGGAAUCGUCUCUUCCACUGCCACCGGAUUCCUUAUCAGUCAGGAUUCUGAGUCCGGAUGGAGAAAUGUCUUUUUCCUGUCUGCUGCUGUCAACAUGUUUGGCCUGGUCUUUUACCUCAUGUUUGGACAAGCAGAAAUCCAGGACUGGGCCAAAGAAAGUACCAUCACCCACCUCUGAGGAUAUACAAUUGCAAAUUUAGACAUAGUACUGACCAUUAAUUUUUCAACUUUUUUUUACUUAUUGCCAUUCUUUCUUCACAUUCUUAACUAUAGGCUCAGCAGUUGUCAAUUCCAGCUGUGUGUUAGAUUCUCCAGGGGAUUCUCUAAAACAUACUGGUGGCUGGGCUACUCCAGAGAUUCCUAAUAAAUUGGUUCGGGAGGAAGCCCAGAUUCCACUAAUUUUUAGACUCCCCAGAAGUUUCUGAUGUGCAACCAGGCUUAACAAUUGCUACACAAAUUUCAAAAGUCAAUUCCUGGUAUCUUUGCAUUUUCCUCUUUGGAAAAUACUAGAUGAAUAAAAACCUACAUGAAAAUAAUCACUGAUAAGUACCUUCAUGGGGGUGGUUAUGGACAGAGAAGAUCUGCUGAGAUGUACAGCCAUAUACUAUAGAGCUCAGCACAGAACAGAAUUUUAAAGCUGCAAUCCACAGAAUUAACAUUUUUAUUGUUUGUCAUACAUUGUGAAACAUGGAUGCUUAUUUAUGUGGUUAAAUUCUAUUAAAAUUCACACACUAAAAU